AUGCCUGGCCACCAACACACACCCUCCACUGAGGAGCGAGACCCGUUACUGGCGAGCCUGCAGGAUGUCGGCAUGCCCUCCGAACGGCCCACCUCUCGCUUGCGCUCCUGGGCGCGCGCUAUCCGGACGUUCAACUGGCACAAGCCCACGGCGGGAUGGAUUGCACCCAUUGUACUCAUAGCCUCCCUCACCCGCGGGAUGACUAUGGCACCACGCGUCGAAGUCUACACCGAUAUCGCCUGUCGCGCAGUCCAUGAGUCUGACGAGUCACUGCCUUCUUCCCCUACGCCCCGUUUCUACGAGUACCUCAUGCCCAGGGCUGAGUUAUUCGAACCAUAUCCCACAACGGAAGGCGCAAAUAGCGCUCUCUCCCUGCCCAUCCGAAAUGUCCAGUCACUCGAUGAAUGUUCCAGUGAUCCCCGGGUGCAGGGACGCGCGGCCCGCAUACAGGCGUCUGUGAAAACAACCGAAAGCGUUCUCAGCGCGAUCACGACCGGCUGGCUUUCUCACAUGAGCGAUGUACACGGCCGGAAGAAGAUCCUUGCCAUCACAGUCUUCGGCGCCCUGUUCAUGGACUUCGUCUACAUCCUGGUGUCCAACACCGGUACGGUCUUUGGACGACAUGGCGAGGCUUUCAUCAUCUUGGCGCCUUUCGUGGAAGGUCUGACGGGUGCACACUCCUGCUUCAGCAGUCUGACUCAUGCAUACGCUGCCGACUGUACAUCCGGCGGGUCCCGCUCUCAGAUCUUUGUCAUGAUGCAGGGAAUGCUCUACGUAGGAUUGGCGGCCGGGCCCUGGGUUGACGGCGCUAUCCUCAAUCUGGACCGCAGGAGCACCAACGAGACGCUCUUCGCGUUUGCAAUUGCAUUCGCGCUGGUCAAUCUGGUACUCAUCGUGUUUGUCCUGCCCGAAUCAUUGCAGCCCGAUCGACGCCUAGGCUCGGACUUCUCCUUCACCACGCACCGCGGAGAGUCAAGUGUCUCGUCAGAAGACAUUGCUCGCGAGAAGAGUCUCUUCCAUGUCUUCGCCCUUCGAUCGAAGAAGUUCAUUCGCAACCUCCUGAUCCGGCCCAUAUCCAUAUUCUUUCCCAAGAAGCUGAGCGGUGGGCGCAAGGGUUACGAUUGGAACCUGACCCUCGUGGGAGUGGCGCAAUUCAUCUACAUCUUAUCCAUCCAAGUAUACAACCUGAAGUACCUGUACACGAAGCAUGUCUUCGAUUGGACGGGCGAACAACUGGGCUAUUACAUGUCCCUGCUCUUCAUCACGCGCGCCAUCAACCUUCUGCUACUUCUGCCCACCGUCCUCUCGUACUUUGCGCCCAAACGCCCUUCACAAGACAACAUCACGCCUUACAGCCUCUCGCAGGCCAUCAAGUUCGAUCGCGCCGUGACCGCCAUUUCCUACUUCACGGAUGCAACAGCAAACGCUCUCGUCGUGCUCGCGCCAACGUCCAACCAGGCGAUCUUCAUCGUCCUCACAUCCUUGAACUCGGUUGCAUCUGGCGGUUACCCUGCACUUCAGUCCCUCGGUUCUGUAUCGUUGCAAAACAUGGGCCGCGGCUCGGAGAUCGGCCUGGUCUUCGGCGCAAUGGGUCUCGUCAAUUCGGCUUCGCAUAUCAUCGCUCCCGGAAUUUACGCGGCGCUCUAUGCUGCAACGGUCGCCAAAUUCCCCAAGGCGAUAUUCUUGUUAUCAGCAGUGCUGUUAUACUUGGCUGUAUGCGCCCUCAUGCUCGUACGCUCGAAGAUCAAUCUCGGACCAGGCGACGGCGAAUACGCACCCGCAGCACAGGACGAGGACGCCAUAGCAGAAGAGGACGAGGAUGAAGAAGAAAGUCCCCGUACGCCGGAGACUGAGACUAUUGCGCAUGCGCGUCGCGGGCGUCGAUCGCUCUCACGCCAUGAAAUCGAGGAAGCGAGGCAAGCAAGCAUUGCGCGCCUGUCCUUCUCUCAACCGGAUUGA